CCCUAGGGGAUUAGAUGUGGGGCAGGGCCCCCGCCCCGUCGUGUGGGGGCGGGAUAGCAGGAUGCGGGCCCCGCUGCCCACUCCUAGAUUUAGACGUAUUCAGUGUCGCGUGUCUCUCGUUUAAACAGGAGAGAGGGACAGAGAGAGAGAGAAGGACCUUCAUACGUUUAGACCGCCAUCCCUGAAAAGCGAAAACAGGAUAGUUUUAAGUAUGAAAUUCAGGGUUUCGUACGGGCUCCCGAUGUUCUUUAACCACACACGCGGCGGUUACCUCCACAACCAGCAUCGCUGCUUCACUUCGCUUUUCAAAAAACUCCAAACAACCACUCGCGCGCGAGCUUCCGUCAAUGGCGGACAUGGAAGUUCUCAAGGUGAUUCUUUUCUGGUUCCUGGUGCAACCGUGGCUACAUUACUGAUGCUUGGUGUUCUCCAUGCUCGUCGGCUUUAUGAUGAACAGAAGUUUGAAGAGGCACGAGAAAAAGGAAUUGAAUUAGAGUUCCAACCUGAUGUAAAAGCAGCAUUUUUGAGUCUUCUACCUCUGCGUUCUAUCUCUCGAUUUUGGGGUUUCUUGACAGACAUGGAACUUCCUGUCUGGCUGCGUCCUUAUACCUAUAGAGCAUGGGCUCGGGCAUUCCACUCAACAGAUUUAGAUGAAGUAGCUCUGCCUCUGGAUGAAUAUGCUUCUCUACGGCAGUUCUUUGUUCGUACUUUGAAAGAAGGUUCCAGGCCCAUUGACCAUGAUCCACAAUGUCUGAUUAGUCCCGUUGAUGGUAUCGUUUUGAGAUGUGGAGAGUUAAGAGGAGUAGGGGCUAUGAUUGAGCAAGUCAAAGGGUGUUCCUAUUCCGUUUCUUCACUUCUUGGUGCAAGCUCUUUCCUUCCCAUGAUAGCCGAAGGGGGUGUGCAAGAAGAGAGUGGUGAACAGGAAAAUACUUCUAAAGAGAAGAGUAAGAAGUCAUGGUGGAAAGUUUCAUUGGCGUCUCCUAAAGUUUGGGAUCCUGUGUCAGUAUGUCCAAUGAAAGGUCUAUUUUACUGUGUAAUUUACUUGAAGCCCGGUGACUAUCAUCGUAUACACUCUCCAGUUGAUUGGAGCAUCCUUGUCCGGCGCCAUUUUUCAGGUCGCCUAUUCCCUGUGAAUGAACGUGCUACAAGAACCAUCCAAAACCUUUAUGUUGAGAAUGAAAGGGUUGUUCUCGAAGGUCUAUGGAAGGAAGGGUUUAUGGCGAUUGCUGCAAUUGGUGCAACAAAUAUUGGGUCAAUUGAGCUUUUCAUUGAACCAGAACUUCGGACAAAUCGACCAAGAAAGAAGUUACUGCACUCAGAAGCCCCAGAAGAACAUCUUUAUGAACCCGAAGGGGUUGGCAUGAUGCUCAAAAAAGGAGAUGAGUUAGCUGCUUUCAACAUGGGAUCAACAGUGGUUCUUGUCUUCCAGGCCCCCAUAUCAAAAUCACUUGAAAAUGGGGAUUCCUCAUCGGAGUUUAGUUUUUGCAUCAAGCGUGGAGAUAGAGUUCGAGUUGGGGAAGCACUGGGGAGGUGGCAGGAUUUUUAGCUGAGUACUGAAUUUCUUCAACCAGAUUUUUUUUUUUUAAUUUAAUUUAAUUUUUUUUUUAACCUAUGGUAACAAAUUUUCUGGAAUAACAUUCUAAGGAAAAUUAUAGGUCAAUUAUAAAAGGUAGUAAUGUGAUGUAUAAUUUUUGCCUUCAACGGUAGUGGAGUUAUUUUCGCUGCAAACACUUGGCCACGAAUCAAUUGUAAAGAAAGGCCACUUGUUAUAUGCGAAUGGUCUUUCGGGCUAA